AUGGGAUCUAUCUCCAACGAAGAGAUUACAGGGGGACCCAAACCCACAGGGGACUCACAGGAUCUUUCCAAAUUAGAUGAAGCAACUCAGUCAACUGGAUCUGGAGUCUGCAAGUGGUUUAAUGUUAGGAUGGGUUUUGGGUUCAUCACUAUGACGAAGAAAAACGAGGUGGAUCUUGAAGUCCCUUUGGAUGUCUUUGUGCACCAGAGCAAGUUGCAAAUGGAAGGGUUUCGCAGCUUGAAGGAAGGUGAACAUGUAGAAUUUACUUUCAAGAAAUCGGCUAAGGGCUUGGAAUCUUCACACGUCACAGGUCCUGGUGGUGUUCCCUGCAUAGGAAGUGAGAGGAGACCCAAAGUAAAGGGGAUACCAAAGAGGAGACCAAAAGGAGACAGGUGCUAUAACUGUGGGGGUGUUGAUCACCAUGCCAAAGAAUGCAAUUUGCCACCACAACCCAAGAAGUGCCACUUAUGCCAAAGUCCCAAUCACAUGGUGGCCCAAUGCCCAGGGAAAAACGUUCAGCCCCCUGUGAUGCAAGAGAAGCCUGUUCCGGAGGAGAAGGAGGGUACCCCAGCCACUGCAGAGUAAUCUACACUUAUUUCAGUGGGAGUGGAGCAGGC